AACCGUUCGUACAAUGGGUUGCUAAAAAGUGAAAAGCCCAAUGCCCAUAUAAUUUAUUUUAUGGUCAGAAAUGAACAAGAAGGGUCUUGCAAUUUUGAUGCGAACCAAAAUGAGACCCCUUUCCCCUGCAUCUAAUAGAAUCAAUCAAAUGCAAUUUCCUCCACCGGAAAGUAACAAUGUUUCAUCUUCUCAGAAUGCAUUCUCCAUUACCCGCAGAAACUAUGAUCAAGUACGAGAGUCUAUGCACUCUGCUAUAUCCAUGAACAAGACAGAGAUUCUAGAUGCUGCUCUCAAUGAUUUCUCUGAGGGUUAUUUUGUCCUUCCUAUUGAAAGCCGUCGGAAAUUACUUGUAACACUAGCCAGAGAAUAUGAUCUUAGUCGGGAACAAGUUCGUGAACUAAUGAAGCAGUAUCUCGGUCUUGAGCUUCCUAGUGCUGUAGACAGUGGGCAUGAAGAGGAAGGAUCAUUUUCUGCUUUCUAUAGGAUUGAGCGAAAUUUGAGACACUCUCUCAAGCCAAUGUAUGAAGUUCUAUUUGAACGGCUGAACACACACCCUGGAGGACUGAGAUUCUUGUCCAUUAUGCGAGCAGACAUACUAUCUUUUCUCGAAGAGGAAAAUAUUGCUGCUCUAAGGGCACUUGACUCAUACUUGAAAGAAAAACUUAUCACAUGGCUCAGUCCUGCAAACCUCCAGCUUCAUCUCAUAACUUGGGAUGAUCCUGCGUCUUUGUUGGAGAAGAUUGUAGCGUAUGAGGCAGUGCAUCCAAUCAGCAAUCUUUUAGAUCUGAAGCGAAGGCUAGGUGUAGGUCGUCGUUGUUUUGGAUAUUUACAUCCGGCUAUCCCAGGCGAACCGUUGAUAUUUAUUGAAGUUGCUCUCAUGAAGACUGUGGCCCAGACAAUACAGGAAGUUUUAUGGGACGAUCCCCCAAUACCUGAAUGUGAGGCAACAUGCGCACUCUUUUACUCUAUAUCAUCGACUCAACCUGGCUUAUCUGGCAUCAACCUGGGAAAGUUCCUCAUUAAACGUGUGAUUGAUGUUGUGAGGAAAGACAUGCCAAGUAUAUCCACAUUUGCAACGCUUAGUCCUAUACCAGGUUACAUGUCAUGGCUUUUGUCAAAGUUGGCAUCUGCUGAGAGAUCUGAUUCCACUUUCAACGAACACUUGCUGAAACCAGAGGAAGAAAGUGCACUCAUUGAUGCAGCUGGAGAAUUAGCAACCGGGAAAAAUGGGAUGGAAGUAAUGUGCAAGUUGUUAGCGUCGCCCAAAUAUGAGUGGACCAAUUCAGCCCAGUUGAUGUCUGUGCUGAAUACCCCCUUAAUGCGACUAUGUGCCAGGUACCUUCUUCAAGAGAAGAAAAGAGGCAAGGCUCUAGACUCUGUUGCAAAUUUUCAUUUGCAAAAUGGAGCGAUGGUUGGAAGACUAAAUUGGAUGGCUGAUCGAUCAGAUAAAGGCCUUAAGCAGAGUGCAGGAAUAAUGGUCAACUACAUCUACAGGGUGGAAAAUAUUGAGGAAAAUGUUCAGUCAUAUUUUAGUAAAGGGCAAACUCAAGCUUCUCCUGAUGUCAGAAUCUACCUUGAGGAGGAUCAUGAAGAAACUAAGGAUUAGAUGUUGCAAGAUUGUAUUGUAAGUACAAUGUUAUUAUUUUUGAAUAUGCUUCAAUAAAUGUGUUCUUAUUGAGUUCA